AUGUUGUGGGAAGGUGUGACUGGGCCAAAAGGAGGUUCCAAAAGGCGUGCUAGAGGAAAACGCAGGGUUACAAGGCCUAAGGUUGAUCUUCACCGGGGACAAAGAAUAGGAGUUGGUAAAGCUGGUGUUCAGUGGCCUGGUCUUAAUGCUAGCAUGACAUCCUCGAUUAUUAAAAAGGAUGAUUAUAGUGAAGCUUAUUUUCAACGAUUAGAACAACUGCGUAAUAAAUCCGCAGUAAAGAAAAAGCGUUUGAAACUAGCCCCCUUGGAACGUGGUUGGACAGGCACUCGAUUAGGAGGCCAAUCUAUUGGUCCACCAACUCCAAAUCAUCCAGACUUCGAUUGUCGUGUCAUUGAGUCGAAGGUUGUUGCCACAAUGACUGCGACAAAGGGAAGAUAUCGUAGAUUUUCUGUUGUUGUAGCAACAGGUAAUGGACAAGGUUUGUGUGGCAUUGGUAAGGCAAGGGCGCUUACGCUUUCAUCUGCUGUCCGACGAGCCAAGUCACGUGCUUCCCAAAAUAUCAUCUCUUUUGAACUGAAAGAAGGAAGAACAUUAUGGCAUGUCGGACAUGUUUGUGAAUGGAACAGCAAAAUAUUCGCGUCUCCUCUGCCGGAAGGGUCUGGUUUAAUAUGUCAUCGUAUGAUCAAAACUCUAUGUCAAGUUGUUGGAAUCAAAGAUAUGUAUGCUAGAGUUGAAGGAAGUACAACAAACUAUCAAGCCAUCGCCAGAGGCUUUCUCCGUUUAUUAGGCCAGCAGAAAACGUACAGUGAAUUGGCUACUAGUUUGGGACUUCAUGUUGUCGAAUUUACGGCUGAUCGUAACAUGUAUCCACAUGUACUAGCAUCUCCUGCAUGUGGUUUUACCAUUGAUCCGAACAGAAAUGCGUCAAGUGAAUUAAGUGCUCCAAAUAUACGGUCGUCAUCUCAACAACAAAUUGAAGAACUCCCACUUUUAGCUAUUUCUAAUCCAAUACGCCAUCGACCUCGUAAACCCAAACCCGAUGAACAUGAUAGUUUCUUAGAUGACCUAGUCGAUGAAAAUGAAGACAAUACAGUGGAACAUGAUAUUACCGAGUUGUUGGCAGCAGGUGAACGCGAUUUGAACGCUCUUAUGUUAGGAGGACGUGUUCUACUGAAGAAACGACCAUUAAGUAGCUCCCAGUUCACUGAUCCUGGCGUCCUUAGACGAAAGGCAGAAUAUCACCGCUUCCGAAACCACAAGUCUGUUAAACGGCAGAGGGAUGCACAUACAGCAUUAUGUCAGUCUAUGUGUUCACCUUAA